CGUGCCUCGGAAGUCUCUUGGAGUCCUUGGCGCUUCUCGUGCUCCUCCUCGCGGUUCGUUUUACUCUCUCUUUCUUCUUUACGCAUUCCACUUUUCGCAUCGCCCUCGGAAUCCGUCAAGUGUUCACUGUUUCCUCGCUCCGUUGCAAGCCCUCACUGCAUCAUGAUAGCGGUGAAACGCGAAUUGGUUGACGAUGGCGAUAGCAGUAGCAUCGACAAGCAUGACGGCCCCGAACUCCGUGACGCCGAUUACCAAACUCCGAAAGGCCGUCGCGGUAUUCGUUCUCGCUACCUCGCCGUCGCCAACAUGAUUCACGGUACUUUACUUUUAUUCGUUGUGCUUUCCGCACUCUCGGUUGCGUUCUACGCGUGCGAAUGUAUAUUUACAAGUUGCUAGACUUUAGAACGCACAAAACGUGCCUUGUUAUCAAUUUUCUGCGCACGAAACGGAAUGGUCGCGUUUGGAGUGUCGCUUGCACGAGUACGUUUUGGUUUUUGCAGAUGAAAAGGAGGAAAUCGCGAGGCCUGACUCUGACAAGUUUGAUUUCAUUUUUAAUGAAAUGGAGAGCUUGCAUCAGCUAGUUUCAAAACCAAGAGAACAAGUAGCUGAUGCAAAGGCCCUUUUGGACAUCACUCAAUCCUUGGUAAUGUCUGUGAAAAAUGUUGCCGUUGGUGGACUAACUCCUUCAAAUUUUGUCACCCACAUUCUUAAAAAAUUCGGAGGUCAAGGUGGAUCAGGUAAUUGCGCAGACGAUUGCAGCCAAAACUCUGUAGCUUGGAAGGAUAUUGGAGUUGCAGUCUCGCAUGUUUUCAGAGAGGGUUGUGGGUGUUGUACAAUGAUUGGCCCAAUGGAUGCUAAAAUGAAGCAGAGGAAGGUCAUUAAUCGUCGAAAGUGUGUGAGACCCACUGAAUUGGCACGACCCGAAGUGCUUGGUGGAGAUUCAGGGGAAGAGAGAACUGAAACUGAUAAAAAUAUGUUAACUAUGUUUAACAUCUUAAGGAUUAAUAAAGUCGUGAAACUUGAAAAUCUGGUUUUGAAUCGUAAAUCAUUUGCUCAAACGGUGGAGAAUUUAUUUGCUUUAUCUUUUUUAGUCAGAGAUGGGCGGGCUGAAAUAAAAGUGAAUGAGGCUGGAUGGCAACUAGUUUCGCCAAGGAAUGCUCCAGCUGCAAAUGCAAUUCUUUCCAGGAAUGUUGCUUUCAGCCAUUUUGUAUUCCGAUUUGACUUUAAUGAUUGGAAGUUGAUGGCUCGCUCUGUUGGGGUUGGGGAGGAGCUGAUGCCUCAUAGGAAUAGUCAAUCACAGAGUCAGAGUGCAGUAUAUGCAGGAUCUCACGAGACAAUGCCGACAGCAACAAAAGUUUUGGGAACUAUCCAAUAAGCGUAUACGGUGAAAAAAAACUAAUCACCAGAAGUGAUGCAUAUUUUGUAGACUAAUUUGUGUUGUGCUGAACUAAGUGCUCGUGUAAAUGUAUUUCGCAUAUCGUAAGAAUUGUGUUGGUCAUCAUAUGUGUAGAGUAUACAAAAUUAGUAGAUUAAUUUAAGCCUUUCGGAUCAAAUUUACAUUAUGUAGUCUCAUUGUGACCAUUAAAUCUUUCACGGAGAAGCGUUUAAUAGUUUUUUUUUUUUUUUUUACUUUAAUUAUUGACAUUAGAAGUUAGAUGCUAGUUAAAAUAACAUCUAUGAAAAUGGAAACGAAUUCGUGCAAAGUGCAAGCCUUCGAAACUCGUUCUGUUUUACUCUCUAGAAGGAGUUUUAAAAUAAUGCGUCAAGCGGCGGCGCUACACCAUUAUUCGAUGGGAAGCCGCCAUUGACGCUGGUAUAGAACCGCUGAAACUCGUCGUCGGUGAGAUCGGAGAACUGCGUGAUGCUGUGGACGGCAGUGGGGUCGAGCGCCAGUUGCUCCGCCGCUCUGACCAAGUUGUGUGCGAAAAUCCCUAAAUGGCGCAAAUACCCUUCCCUGGUAGAGUACCUUUUCCCGUAAUUCUCUAUGAAAACCUUGAACUUCUUCUCUGUUAUCGUCGAGCCUCAGCUUCGGAGCCACGUCCUGAUGAAUCGUGACUUGGUGGCUUUCUAGGGCGGAGCAUAGGGUUAGAGCGCAGAUGAAGAGUGAAGCAAGAUGGCUUUGCCACCAUUUUCUUGUUUCAACUUGAUCUCUUCUGCCUCGCUUUUAAUGGUGUUUUCUUCGGUCACCAUUCUAGGUUUGGGAGAGUUACGUGGCGGAGGUUUGGAGGGUGUGUGAGUGUAAAUUAUUAGUACAUGGAAAGGUGGCAGCAUGUGGUGGUGAUCAAGCUCGACAUGCUGCGUGACACGUACAUAGCUACGGAUGACAAACUA